AUGGACCGCUUAGAGAUCAUCCACAGCAUAAAACACAGGAUGCAGGAACAAGGAGCUGAGAGCAACUUAGAUGUGGUAAAUGGCGAAAGGCCGGUUACCAACAAAGACAAAGAGAUUGAAAAUCUUGAAAUCAAGCUUGCACAACUGCAAAGCAUUUGCCCACAAAAGUCAGAAGAUGAUCACGGUCAAGACUCGCUUGAGUUGAACUGUACAAAUGCUCAGCAAGAACUCCAGGACGACGAUCUGAGGGUGAAGAGGAGGAGACUGAACCCCAUGCUCUUCUUGUGUAAAUUCGACCUCCAUGGCCGUUGUGACGACCCUAAUUGCAAGGAUGUCCAUGUUAGAGACUCUCUUGCAGAGCACUCUAGAAGUAAGGCGAACGACAACGAACCAGAGCUCAAAGCAUCAGCUCCUGCAGUGGGCGAGCAAGCAAGCGACCUGGAGGAUGCAAGCACCCCUGCGACCCAUGGCGAUCACUCGGUUUCACAUCUGGAGUCUUGUCCGAGGGACGACGACUACAUCUCUCUUGUGAACGAGGGGGACGAGACUCCUGCUGGUGAUGGAGGCACGGACGACGAACCCGUGGUAGAGGCGCUUCUUCAGAGGUGGAAGCCUGCAAGUCAGGAUCUCUCGAUGGAUUCAAGAUACUUCGGACACUUUCAAGAGUUGAAGGAGCUCCGGGCGCGAUCGCUGAAGCAUCCGUCCGAUAUUCAUUCCUGGAUACGAGCUGCUCGUUUGCUGCUGGAAGGAGCAACAGACACAGACACGCAAGUGAACAACGACAUGAACCUGAGGGUGGACCUUGCCUUGAACACUCUAUCUCAUGCGCUAGACCAUAACCCCACUUCCGUCGCGUUGUGGCUACUUUACCUCGACAUCCUCGAGAAGAAAAGCUCGGGGGAGUCGCGCGAGCUACUGAUGCAUGCUGUGCGGCUGAACCCUGCCUCUUGGCUCCUCUGGCAUCGGUUCGCUCAGAGCCAGGACGGAGGUAGUGCUCGCGCUCACACGUUCCUGACUGCAGCUGAGAAGGCAAUGGGCGAGAGCGAAGGAUGUAACGGAGAGGAGAAGGAAAGAUGGCAGUCUCUAUGGGCUGACUUGCUCCUUGGCGCCGCUCACCAACACUGCCAGUUAGGAAACGCUGCUGAAGCAAUGGGCGUUCUGCGUGAAUCAACUUCGAAGCAUGCGAGUCAAUCAGAAGUUCCUCUUGCCAUCCAAGAAACAUUGUGGAGGGCUCAGAUUCACAUCGCGCUAUUUGGUGUUCUGCCGGAUCGGAUUCACUGCAUGCUGGGAGCAACUGCUAGCAAGGGAAGUCUAACAGGAAGGGCCAUGUGUCCAACCACUGGCCUCAAUUCCCUCGCUUGUCGAAAGCUUGUACAUACAGGCAGCGAAGAGGACACUGUCAUGAGAGUUUAUUUGAAGAGACAAGUCGAAGCCUCAGAGGUCUUCCUUCUCUUCGAAGAAGCAUUCCUCUCUCUGGGAGCUCGCCGGGAUCGUCUCGCCCUCCCUCUCUCGCUCCCUCCGCCGGGGUUGGCGACGGAUUAUGUGGCGAUGAUGCGGAUGUUCGUUGGACCUCGCGGAGAGGUCGCGGCCCGUAGAAGAAUCCUCCAGCCUGUGGUGCGAUGGUUGUCGUCUGCUGGCAAUGCAGAGGACGGUAAGACCCUCAUGGCCUGCGGAGAAGUUGUCUGCGCCAUCGCGACUUCUCGAUCUUGCGAUGGCAUCAUUAGUCGAGCCAAGAAGCAGAGGAGCCAGCGAGCGCUCCUGUUCCUGCAUGAGGAAGCGCCGAAGCUUACCCCUCUCGACGACCCGCGCUGGUUGGAUGGACUUGAGCAUGCGCAGCUGGAGGAGAGGUACCUCUGCUUCGGAAGGGACUACGAGGCCUUCAACGAGACGCUCAGCGUGUUUCUAGAGGAGCUCGAGCGAAGCUCGUCUCGAGAGGAGCACAGAGACUUCCUGCUGGCCGCGAGCUCCAAACAUCCGGCAAACCAUCGUCUCUGCCUGCUCACAGCGCGAGUGUGCAUGGCAGAGGGCGACUGGCGCCAGGCCCAGCGCAUCCUCUCUCCCGUCAAGUCCUUGCUGGAGUCGCACGAUGAGCUGUGA